AUGGUAAAAGAAGCAGGCAAAAUAUCCCCCGGAAUUUCUGAGACCCGGCCAGAAGAAGAACCAAAAAUAAUUCAUUAUUAUUCUCUCAGUGAACUUGUUGCUGGUCGCAAAGAAAAGCUAAUUGCUUGGCAAAAGCAAAAAAGCGGUGAUUUGAUUUCCUUCACAGAAAAACUAAACGAUUUAGAAAUUGCCAAAAGGAGUUUUCUUUGUCCUAUUGACGAAAUAACUCUCUCCCAAGAAGAAGUAGAAAAAUUUACUGAAUUCCUGAUUACUGAUUAUACACAAAAAAGUCUUGAAAUAGUCGAAUAUGCCAAAAAAAAUAAAUAUAAAAUGCUCCAACGAGAAUUAUCACUUAGAAUAGAUUUUGAACCAGAGAUACUCCAAAAAAAACUGCCAGAAGGAGAAGAAACCAAAUUACGUAAAAAAACUUCUCCUAAAUCACGUAAAAUUAAAAGAAUUUCUGCCCAGAUAGUGAAGAAAAAUAAUUACUUCACUCGCAAUAAUAUUACUCAUAUUGAUUAUAAAGAUACCAAACUAUUAGGUCAUUUUGUUAAUAAACAAGGACAAAUAAUUCCUAAAACUUUUGUUAAAUUGCCAAGCAAAAUUCAAAGAAUAGUAACUAAAAAUAUCAAAAGAGCUAGACAAAUGAAACUAAUGCCUUAUAUUGUUAUCAACCAAGGAGAUUUUUAA